ACUAAAAUUGAAUAUUUGCGAUACCGGAAAAAAAAUAAAAAAUUGUUUUGUUUUUUGGAAUAUCGAUUCAAGUCCAAAACAUUGAAUCAUCACGGAUAGGGAUGGAUUAGAGUCCCUUAAGAUAGAGUCAGGCAGAACUAAAGUCCCGUAAGUUUUCAUAGAACUCUAAAUAGGCAGGAAUUGAGCAAUAUGGUGUCGUCUUGCCAGACUCUUUCUCAAGGGACUCUAGGAUGGAUGAUGUUUCCAGAAAAACAUCGAUACUAAACCAACAUCGAUAGGUUGUUUGUUAAAAAAAUCGAUCUAUUGUGGAUGUACAGAAAAAGUGCAAAAGAAUUCAAAUUUGUAACGUUCGAAUUUAAUAAUAGAGGAAUAAUUUAUAUUUAUACUCAUACUUUUACAUAUGUCAAUUUUAAAAACGAAAUCUACUACAAAUUCUACGACAUAACGAAAAUUUUUAGCGAUUGGUACAUAUGUUUUUGCUGAGCAAACAUCAACUGAUAAAUUCAUAGAAUGCUCCAUUUUGCUUAUUCGAUAAACCAUUCAUUUUCUUGAUUGAUUUUUUAUUUACAUCUGUUAAAAUGAAAUUUUUCCUUUCUUAGUUUUUUUGUUAAAAAACAAAAAUCAAAAUUAACCUUUUUUUUUAUUGGAAGUUGAUAAACAAACGUAGUAGUUUUUCUUAAUUGACUGUACUGUGCGAAUGGUUGCUCAGUUACCGAGUCUAUUACUGCAUGAAAUUCAAUUGAAUAUCUAUUUUUUAUUUUAUUAAUUAUUAGUACAUAAAUUUUUAAAUAAUGCUGAAUAAAAAUGAAUUGAAUGAUGUAGAAAUAGAUAAUAAUGUGCCGGUAGAAGAGGAUCAAAAGACGGCAGGAGUGAUUACUUAUAACACUCUUAUCAACUUAAUAAUUAAACAAAUUUUAAAUAGAAAGUGCAGUAAUUUGAUUAAUACAACUGCCAUUAAAUUAGAGGAGGUUGAAAAUAUUCAAAUUGAAUUUCUAGGAAUUAGAAAAAUAGAUCUUUUGUGGGGAAUGAAAAAUUUAGUAAAACUUUCCUUAUCACACAACUUAAUUGAGAAUAUAGAAAACUUGGAUGGAUUGUUACAACUAAAAGAAUUGGAUUUUUCGUUUAAUCGUAUUAAAGUUAUGAAGAAUUUGAAUCAUCUUGUCAAAUUGGAACUUCUUUAUCUUACUGGAAAUCAAAUUAUAGAAAUUCAAGAAAUAGAUAAAUUAGAAAAUCUUACUAUUUUCAGUAUUGCUGAUAAUAACAUUGAAACAUGGGAUCAUGUCAUUUAUCUUCGCAAGUUUAAAAAAUUACGUUCAGUAAAUAUAAAUGGAAAUCCUUGUAUUCAACAAGAAAAUUAUAAGAAAUAUUUCAAAGCAUUUUUACCACAAGUGAUAUAUUUUUCUUAUGUAUUAAUAAAUAAAGAUGAUCAUGAUUAUGCUGCUCAACUAUAUAGACGAGAUAUUCUGAGAAUUGAAAAAGAAGAAUUAGAGACCAAAAUUUCACAGGAUAAAAUACACAAUCAACAACAGAAAACAGCUCAGGAUUUUGUUGCUUUUGUUGAAAAUUUGGAUGAAGAAGAGUUUUUUAAUAUACUAUUCCAACAUGACACCGGUGGUUUGAUUAUCAAGACAAUUAACGAUGACACUUUAAAUGCUUUUGAAGAUUUCAAACUUAAUUUUACGAAUGUUUGCCAUAAACUUUAUAAAUUCGGAAUAAAUCAACAUCAUCAACGGUUAGAAGAAAUUAAAGAAUUUAAUUCAGUUAUUGAAAAUGCUCGAAAUAAUCUCUGCAAAAAAUCUAGAAAAAUUAUCGAUUUCAUUAUAGAAGAAAGAAAUUUAUUAUUAAGAAAAUUUAAAAACUUCGAUAAUGAUGAAUGUGUAAAAACUAACUUGAAGACUGAGAUAUCAAAAGUUCAAAGUACAUUUUUAGAUGAUAAUAAUAUUGUACAAGCUCGAGAGUUUGUAAAUGAAUUUAACGAUUUUUUAUCAAAAAUGUGGACUCAACUUUUAGAAGACCAAAUCUUUCUUCAUGAGCAAUAUGAAGAUCUUAUUGAAAUAUUCAAAAAUAAUUUGACUGAUAUGAAAGACGUAUUCUUGGAUAAUGUUCGGACAGUAUUUACUCAAAUGCGCAAUUUUAUGAUUCAGUAUAGAGACAAUAUAAAUAGAAUUGUAACUUCAUUUAUCAAUAGUAUCAGAGAAGAAUCGUUAAUUCCUAAUCACUUGGUAAACAUUUGUGGAGACUUAAAUACUUUCCAUAAUAUCUUAACAACAUCUUAUGAUAUCCAUUUACAAAUUAUUGAUACUCGAGAAAGUACCAUAAUUAAUCGAGUUAAUCUUUGGUCAGAGAGUUUAAUAGAAGAAUUGAACAACGCGGAAAAUAUGUUAUAUCGGCAGUGGAUUUUAGAGAUAUCGCAUUUUUUACAGUUUCAACGUAAUCAAAUACACCAUGGUUUAUUCGAAAACAAUAAACUAGCAGCGAAUGUUGCAGCUGUCCUUGACGGAUAAAAUAUAUAAAAAGUUAUUUCUGUUUUAUUGAAU